CUUUCAACGAGUUCGCUCGUAGUGCACUAUGAUGAAAUUUUAAUUUUUUUUCUAAAUAUUCCCUCCGUGACCAAAGAUCACGAUGAUGUUUUUAAGGGUUCUCAUCUAUACCGUAUGUUUUGUUGGGGCGUUUUGUUUAGAAGCGGACGUGGUGGUGUUAAGAGCGGUGCGGGGGCGGGACGCUCGGCUGCCGUGCGGCCAAGGGAAAGUAUUUCUAGACGGCCUUGAUUCCUACGUACUAUGGCUGAAAAAUGACAGAGAUUUCCUCUAUCGCUUUCCCAACGAAAAUUCGGGAAGUAGGUCGAUGAACCGGGACCAUAUUUUCGGAACGUCUUGCGAAUCCGGGACAUGUCAUGAUGACACCUCACUCUUGCUGAAACGCGUUUCGGACCAAGAUGCAGGCAUUUACAGAUGUCGUGUACACUACCAAGCCUCUCCUUCUCAGGAUUAUGUGAUCGACGUAAGGCUGGUUGAAAGUCCAGGUAUGCCAAGAGUAUACAGCGAUUCAGGCAUUCCAAUCAAGCAGGGUUACUAUGGUCCCCUCAGUCUAGGGUCUGAUCUAACACUCAUCUGUGAAGUUGAUGAUGAGCAACCGGAUACAUUGGUGUACUGGCGUCGUAACGGCGUAGUGAUAGAGCGGGCGCACGAGGCACGGCCGGGCGUGCUACGGGCAGAGGUAGUCGUGCGCAACGCGACGCGCAGCGAACUCGAUGCGCAUUACGAAUGCCUUGCACAGAACGCUGAUGUCACGGAACCCCUCACUGCCAGUGUGGUUAUUAGGAUGUACUUACCGCCCAUUAGUGUCGAGAUUCGUUUAAACCACAACUUUAACUUCGAAGCCGGUCAGCCCCGAGUCGUCGACUGUGUCGUGGUAGGUUGCGUGCCGCCACCAUCGGUUACUUGGCAUCUAGGAGAUAAUCUGCUGCGACCCAGUGUACACAAAGAAUUACACGACGGCAACUACACCGUAUCCUCACUGACUUUGGCACCAUCGCUGAGAGACAACGAACACAAGCUGGAGUGCAGAGCACACAAUUCACACUUGCCUGAUGAAUUGUUUAAAGACGAGGUCACUCUCAAUGUUGGAUAUCGGCCGUUAUGCCUAACAUCUCGCGAAGAAACAGUCGGCGCAAUACAACGUCAGGCGGAGACUUUGACGUGCGUCGUCGAGGCCUCACCAGAACCUCUGCAGUUCAGCUGGACUUUCACUGAUUCCAAAAUUUUAUACACCAGCGUCAAAAAAGUACCAGGACAUCAUCAUCGUUACUCCUCAACUCUAACAUGGCUACCUCAAGAUGGUGACUUCGGACUACUCUACUGUCGAGCUACAAACAGUUUUGGGGAACAGAAGAAGCCGUGCACCUAUUCGAUAACGGCUGGCGGGCCGCCACAAUCUCCCGACUGUGGUAUACAACGCUCAUAUCCGCACACUGUACGCGUCGAAUGUCAAAAAGGAUGGGAUGGAGGUAGGCCUCAAAUCAUCCAUUUGGAAUUAUUCGGCAGCGACGGGCGACUGCUGCACAACGUAUCCAAUGCUGCUGGCCAUUUCCACUUGUCUGAUGUAGAGGAAGACAACAAUUUGACUGCGAUACUUUACUCAACCAACAUUAGAGGAAGGAGUUUGUCUCUAUCCAUGUACCUACAAGCUGCAUCAACGUUGAACGCCUCAGCUAUAACAGAACAACCUUCAGUUACAUUGAAAGGGCAAUGGUUGCAAGCGCUAGCGGGAAUGUUAAUUAUGAUCGUAGUUGUCGGCGUAGUUGCUCUGUGCUUGCGAAUGAGAUCUAAACAUCAAGACUCUGAAAGCCCCGAGGUGGUUCUCCGAACUGACGGUAUAUUCCACCGUGAACCAGAUUUUGAACGUGAAGAACGGCUGCUUCGUACAACUAAUAUUACGGUCAACCAAUUAGCUGCUUGCCAAAACCAAUAUGCAUCCUCGCCUGUGCCAUGUCGGGUGGUAGUUGGAUGUGGAUCGCGAUUGACACAAGAUUCAUGUCCCACAAGUCAGCACUCUUACUUCGUUUAAUUUGAACACAAACUCUAUGGUUUUUAUUGAUAUCGGAAAACAUAUAUUAAAUCAUUAAUCGUGUAUAUCGCUCGAUCACAAGGAUAAAAUAACAACACGCUUCUUGCUAAAUCUAGUGAAACUAGGAAUAUGAGCAAAUAUUAGUAGCAUGCGAAGGGUUUCAGAUAAGAGAAAACCAACAAAAAAAAAUAUAAACAUAUGCCGAAAAAUAUGAAACUAUUUUUUUUGCGUAUAUUGCAAAGCGGUGUAAAGAAUGAGCGGAUUGAGGUGUACCUUGGUCCGGGUGUAUACUUUCAUGAGUUUGGGUUAGGCUUUAAUUUUGAAGUCUUAAGAGAAUCACAUUAUAGUAGAGCAAGCCAAGCUUUUUGACAGUACUAUCACUUAAGUUAUAUUGUAUUCUUUAGACACAAAUACAUAUAGUACACAAAAUGUCGUUUCAUGUAAAUAGAGACGGGCAAAGACGUAAAAUGUAUAAAAAAGGUGUAGUUCAAUGCAAAGCAUUUUAUGUUAUAACUCACAAAAUAGUGCAAGAUUUA